UAUGCAAGCCCCUUCGCCAUGACAAGGCAGUGAUCCAUGAAGGGAACAAUAUAAAAGUAGUCCUAAAUAAAUAGUAUGCCAUCUCAUUAUGUCAAGACCUGGGCUGCAGGGCAUUGCACUGGCUGUUGUUAUUUUUAUUUCUUUUACGUUAACCGCCCAGAAUGACACAAGAUGAGCAGCCAUGCAAAUCAUUUAAAUUAGUAAAUAACAUUCAUAGAUGCAGGCUAGGGACUGGAGUGGGUUCAGCAAACUAUGUUGGUAGUGUUUGCUCCACUAGAAAAGUUUAUUUUAUUCCUUUAUGUAUUCAAUUUAUAUAGCUGCCCAUCUCAAACCAGUGACUCUGAGCAUUGAAAGAGGUGCUGCAAAUCGUGAGAAUUAAAUCCCUGGUAAUAUCCUGAAUUUCUGACUUUCUAAUUGGGUUUUCUAAUUUCUUUUUUCCCCCGUGAAGCAGUAGAUGAGCAGGAGAAUGAACAUUACCAAGAGCCAAGUGUGAUGCCCUCAGAAGUAAUCAAGAUUGAAAUACAAGAAGAGACAUCUGAAAAUAAGUGGGAAAGGAGGAGAUAUGAGAAAAAACAGUACUACAAUUGGAAAGAAAAAUCCACUCUUGAAUGUGUGGAAAUGGAUCGCUUCCUGGCCCAACAUUAUUGCAAAGAAAGCAGUAUAGAAAAGUGUCAAGGAAGUGGGGAAAUAUUCCAAGCAAAAUCCAAUUUCAGUAACCAGUGCAAAAUUGGAAAGAACUUCAGCAAUAACAGUAGCCUAAAUCCCCAUAAAAUUAUCCAUACAAGGGAGAAGCCUUUUAAAUGUGUGGACUGUGGAAAGAGCUUUAGAUGUAGUAGUAAUCUUAACUAUCAUAAAAGGAUGCAUACAGGGGAGAAACCCUAUAAAUGCAUGGACUGUGGAAAAAGCUUCAGUUCGAACAGUUCCCUUACUUAUCAUGAAAGGAUCCAUACAGGAGAGAAACCGUAUGAAUGCCUGGAAUGCGGAAAGAGCUUCAUCCAAAGCAGUGACCUUACUUCCCAUAAAAGGAUGCAUACAGGGGAAAAACCCUAUCAGUGCAUAGAUUGUGGAAAAACCUUCAGUUCAAACAGUUCCGUUACUUAUCAUAAAAGGAUCCAUACAGGAGAGAAACCCUAUCAAUGCGUAGAGUGUGGGAAGAGCUUCAGCAAAAGUAGUGUCCUUACUUCCCAUAAAAGGAUGCAUACAGGGGAAAAACCCUAUAAAUGCAUAGACUGUGGAAAAAGCUUCAGUUUGAACAGUUCCCUUACUUCCCAUAAAAGGAUCCAUACGGGAGAGAAACCCUUUAAAUGCAUAGAGUGUGGGAAGAGCUUCAGCAAAAGCUGUUACCUGACUUCCCAUAAAAGGGUCCACACAGGAGAGAAACCCUACCAAUGCCUGGAGUGUGGGAAGAGCUUUAGCAAGAGCAGCGUCCUUACUUCCCAUAAAAGGAUCCAUACAGGGGAAAAACCUUAUAAGUGCACAGACUGUGGAAAGACCUUUAAUGGGCAUGGCCACCUGACUUCUCAUAAAAGGAUUCACACAGGAGAGAAACCCUAUAAAUGCCUGGAGUGUGGAAAGAGCUUCAGUCAUAGUGGUUCCCUUACUUCCCAUAACAGGAUCCACACAGGGGAGAAACCAUAUCAAUGCAUGGACUGUGGAAAGAGCUUCAGCAGAAGCAGUUCCCUUUCUUGCCAUAGAAGGAUCCACUCAGGGUUGAAACCUUAUAUGUGCAAUCAGUGUGGGAAGAGCUUUAGUACAAGCAGCUCCCUUACUUAUCACAUUAGUAUCCACACAGGGGAGAAAGUAUAUCAGUGCAUGGAGUGUGGGAAGAGCUUCAGGCUGAAAAGUCACCUAACUUCCCAUAAAAGAAUCCACACAGGGGAGAAACCAUAUAAAUGCAUGGAAUGUGGAAAGAGUUUUUGUGAAAACAGGACCCUUACUUCUCAUGAAAGAAUCCACAGAGGGGAGAAAAAAUAUGUCUGCAUGGUGUGUGGAAAGAACUUCAGGUGGAGCAAUCAACUUACUUCCCAUAAAAGGACCCACAUGGGGGAGAUGCUUUUAGGGACUGAAGUGUCCUUAAUUCCUGUAAAAGGAUCCACUGUGAUAUGAAACCAUGUAAAAGCAUGGAAUGCAGAGCGUUAAGUCAAGAAUUGUGAAUUUUCAUCUUAAAAGGCUUCAUGUACAGAACUUUAUAUCUGCAGGACCACCUCUCCAUGAGGACAUCUGUCUGUCCCACCAGAGCAUAUAGGGUGGACACACUCCAGGUCCCCCGCCUUAAAUACUGCCAUCUUGUGGGCCCUCAGAAGCUGCCUUUUCCAUUGCAGCCCUGGUCUAUGGAACACCCUUCCCCUGAGAUCUGACCGGCCUCCACCCUUCUGUCCUUCCAGAGAGCACUUAACACCUGGCUCUUCCCUCAUGGGUAGGGCGAGGCCAGGAUGGGGUGACAGUGUGGGUGCAUUAGAGAUGUGUGGCUGUGGUGCCAGGUUUUUCUGUUUUUAUUCUGUUGCUGUUGGCUUUUAUAUUGUUUUAUAC